CUGGGGCACGACCUCAUCAACGGCCUCUCGUUCCUCCACACGCACGGCGUCGCCCACCGCAACGUGAAGCCGUCGAACCUGGUGUACACCGCGGACUACCGCCUGCAGAUCAUCGACUUCGACGUCGCGGUGUACGUGACGGGCGAGGACGACGCGGUGGAGGGCUUCUGCGGGUCGGAGGGCUGGACGGCGCCGGAGGUCGGGGACGGGUGCGCGUACAGCACGGUCCGCGCGGACAGGUGGGCGUGUGGGCGCGUGUUG